AUGGACCGUGCUCAGCCUUUCUCAGACCUCAACGACAGGCUGAGACCUCAAGGCACCAGCAGUGAACAGGUCUUCUCCUCUCUGAACAGAAUGGAGCACAGACGGCUGGCCUCGAUCGGGAAGAACACUUCAUCUAUCCGAAACACAGUUCUGCCAACAGAACCAGAACCAAAAGUCUCCAAAUCUGAACGUGACAACGACUCAGAGCAGGAAGAUUUGGUCUCUGAUGAAGACAAUUGUGCUGAUCUGUUGAACAGCCCAAUCCUCAUCACUAAGUUAAAUUUAAAUGAUUUUGGAGAAAAGGAGCUGGCUGACGACAACAGAAGCAUUUCCUCGUCUGAGGAGAAAGACCAGCCAGGUGAACUGGGCUCAGAGGGGUCGGGUCAUAACUCAGGGUCAGUAGCCUUGGACGGUGAAGAUGGGAGCCCCUUCCAGGGGAACUGCAUGAACGGGACUUUACCAGAUUUGCUCAAUGGUGGCAAGCCGCUCAGCAGACGUCGGACACUGGGACAUGUCUCAGAGACGCUUAAAGAAGUGCGAAGAGAGGUGGAGCUGUCUCGGAAACGAAGUAUCAGGCUGAAGGCGCAGGUGGACAAACUGCAGGAGGGCAGAGUUGGACCAAGAUGGAGCCAACACAGAGAGAGGGUCACAGAAGAGGUUCUGUCCAUUCUGCAGCUGCUGGGCCCGCUUACAGAGUCAGGUUCCAGUCUGGAUGCAAAACCCUCACCUGGGGAAAACCACCUGGACACUUCCCUGGCCCAGCUGCGGAAUGUGGCCCACGAACUGGCAUUCAGCCACACCAGCCAGUUAAAAUCUGGAAAAGGAGCAGAGGAGAACGCUAUUCUGCAGCAGGCGUUACGGGACAGAGAUGAGGCCAUAGAGAAGAAGAAGGCGAUGGAAGCCGAGCUACUGCGGAGUAAAACAGAGAUGAUGUUGCUGAACAACCAACUGCUGGAGGCUGUGCAGAAACGUCUGGAGCUGUCGCUGGAGCUCGAGACCUGGAAGGAGGACGUUCAGCGUAUCAUCCACCAGCAGCUGCAGAGUCAGCAGGCGGCGGAGCAGGCCCAGAAGAAGACCUCCCGCCUGGGCCUGCUGAGGAGAACCAACAAAGCACCCAUCCAGCGGCCAACCAACUUCCUUUCGUCCCUGUCUGCCUCUCCCAUCACCAACACCAACCAAAUCUUCAUCCCCAGAGCUUCUGCGGCGACUCCCAGCACGCCUCCUUCCACCCCACGCACCUGGAGGGACAGGCUGAGGAUUGCCAAGAACGGUCCUGAAGAAGCCCAGAAUGCAGCGGGGCAGGAGUCAGUCGGGAAGGGUGAAGGCGACUUCCAGGUCGUAUCACUUGAUUGAAACAGAGGUGACUUUGCACCGAGUACAACUACUCAUCACUAGCAAUUUAAAGGCUCCCUCCAGUCACAAAUGUGUUAAACUUAUCAUCACUGGUGCAGAGUUUGACACUAGAAGGCUGUUUUCACAUUCAUCUGCUGAAGGGGGAAAGUUUCUCUGUGCUCAUUAUAAAGAGUCCAUUACGUGUACGUCGGAGCAUGAUUUGUGACAUCAUAGAUAGUAGCCAAUGGUGGUCCAGUAUGUAACUGACACAAGUGUGUUGUGGAAACAUGAAGCCUCCAGUGCACAAACACUGAGAACGGACUUUUCAUUGAGUUAGGAACAUCUGGAGUCCAGCAGUUAAACCUCUUAAAUGAAUAAUAUUUACAUAUUCAUAUAUUCAAUGAGGGAGGAGGAGUAGAUGUCAUUAUAAGAAGUUUAAACAAGGUUAUUGAGCCUCUUUGUGGAAGGGGAUCUUUCAUAUAUUCUUGGGAAAACAUGCUUUGGAUCUCUCACUAUAUUCAUUUAUUUAGAUCAUAAAUGACAUAUUUAAGUGUUUAAAAGUGACAGAUGAAUUCCUUAAA